GAGAAACACUUUAAAUAUCCGAGUUAUUGCAUAAAAAAGCACUUUGAGAGGAGGUGAAGAGGCUUGACACGCGCCUCCACCGGCGGCGUGGCUGCUACUCUUGGACCUCCACUGGUACUAUAUAGGCUUUGAGACUGAGCGUCGUGCCACCAUGAGUCCCAAAGUAUGCAAGAACUGCGGCGGCUCGGACAUCGAUGUGGACCAGGCGAGGGGCGACGCCGUCUGCAUGACGUGCGGCUCCGUGCUGGAGGACAACAUCAUCGUGUCCGAGGUGGAGUUCGUGGAGACGGGAGGAGGAGGAUCAUCGGCCGUCGGACAGUUUGUCGCUGCAGGAGGUGGAAACAGGAAUCCCUCUUUUGGAGACGGACACUUCACAGGUGUGGGGAGAGAGUCCCGAGCUCAGACGCUGCAGAAAGCGAAGCAGAACAUCAACACUCUGGGUCGCCAGCUGCAGAUGAACCAGCACUGUCUGGACACCGCCUUCAACUUCUACCGGAUGGCGCUCGGCAAACAGCUGACCCGCGGCCGCAAAGCCUCGCACGUCAUCGCCGCCUGCCUCUACCUGGUCUGCCGCACCGAGGGGACGCCACACAUGCUGCUGGAUCUCAGUGAUCUCCUGCAGGUCAACGUUUACAUCUUGGGGAGAACUUUCCUCGUCUUGGCCAGAGAGCUGUGCAUCAACGCGCCGGCUAUAGAUCCAUGCCUCUAUAUUCCUCGUUUCGCCCAGCUGCUUGAGUUCGGGGAGAAGAACCACGACGUUUCCAUGACGGCGAUGAGGCUGGUGCAGAGGAUGAAGAGGGACUGGAUGCACACGGGACGACGGCCGUCCGGACUCUGCGGAGCAGCUCUCCUCGUUGCAGCACGCAUGCACGAUUUUCGCCGCACCAUCAAAGAAAUCGUUGGUGUCGUAAAAGUGUGUGAAAGCACGCUGAGAAAAAGACUUACAGAGUUCGAGGACACUCCCACCAGUCAGCUGACCAUCGAAGAGUUCAUGAAGACGGAUCUGGACCAGGAGUGUGACCCUCCCUGCUUUACCGCCGGACUCAAGAAGAAAAAAGCCCAUCAGCUGGAGAUCGAGCUGAAGAAAAAGAUGGAUGACGUUGAAGAUGAAAUUCAGAGCUACCAGGAUGAGAUAGACACAGAGCUGCAGAACAGCAGACCCAAACUGAGAGGAGUUUACGCCGCCUACGCCAAAGAAGAAGUUGGAGACGACAUCGACGACAUCAUCUCCACGUCGUCUAAGCUGGAAGACGGCGAGGAAGCAGCAGCAGAAGAAGAGGAGGAAGAUGAAGAAGAAGACGUGAUUCAGGCCGUGGCCAAACACUUUGGCAAAGAGCUCGGCGAUCUCACGCUGGAGGCUCUGAUAAAACUCGAGCAGAAGACGCCAGAGGAGGAAGAGGAGGAGGAGGAAGGAGAGGAGGGGGGCAUCCCGAAGAGAAAAGGCCCAACGCUGGCCAACAUCCUGGGCAGGAUGCCGACCGCCGCCACUCUGGGUCUCAACGAGUCCAUCAGCAAAUGCAUGGGAGAGGAGAAGGAGAACGGGAGCUGCAUGCAGAUGGAGGUUCUGCGGAGUCAGGCUGGUUCUGGUUUGGUUCAGGCUUCAGUUAAUUAUGGUGGAUAUGGGAGGUUGCAGCCGUUCAUCACCGGACAGGCCAACAAGAAGCUGGCUGUCGAGCAGCCUGCCACUGCCAACACCACCGCCACCACUAACCCCCUGCCGGUGCCCGUCGGAGCCCCCGCCAGCAGCGUGUUGGUCGAGAGCGGCCCGGUCGUGUACGAUGACGUCGCCGUGGAAGAGGAAGAGGAGGAGGAGGACGAGGCUUGUGUCAGUGCCAUGGAGCUGAUGGGAGCUCAAGAUUACGGCUCCGAUGAUUACGAUGAAGGAUUCUAGCGACGCUCUUCCUCUGAAACACUUUCCUUUAUUAUGACUGGUACGAACCAUUCUGCAUCCCCUAUCUGAAUAUUAACAUUUACUACUGGAGGAGGGGGGGGAAGCAAAAUGGCUGCAGCAGCGAGAGAGAAUCCCAUCAGGAACACAACUGGGACUAAACUGGGACUAAACUGGGAGAGACGACGCUGCUGGGAUGCUGAAGUGGAAACGAGCGAUACAAGUAAAUCUAAAUAAUGCGGGUUAAAGGCGACACAAAGCUGCAAUAGUACUAAAACCAAAGGUAGGAGAAAAAGUAAGUAUUGAUUUGGUAAAAAUAGACAGAAAUAACUUUAAUUUAAAUGACUAUAAUACACUGAAAUAGACAUUUAAAUGCAGCUGAAACAAUAUUAUAUUAUAGUAACACUGACAACUUUAAAAACACUAGC